GUCUUGUGGACUCAGCUUGUGAUUUAUUCCAGUUGUUUGUGUGUCAUCACUCUAUGGUAGUCUGAAUGAGUACGAGUGACCGUGAUUAACAAUCUGCUGACUGGAUCUCUGACCAGAGACAGAGCUGGAGGAAAACAGCCAGUUUUUACAAUCGGCAAUUGAUGGCUGCUGUCAUAAGCUUUCUGCCUUCUCGCUCGAAGCGGUAUUGACAAACCCGCUCUCCAUGUCAAUCUCUCAUAGCUGGUUCAUCAGGUCAUCCCAGCAGUGCUUUACGAAUUCUUCACAGAGAGCUUCACACAGUGGAUUAACUGGAAGAAUGUUUCUAUGGGCUGGAAGCAAAGGAGCUCAAGGAUCAGGAAGUGGGAGGAGGAGCAUUUAUCAUAAGAUCCGUGAGUAUGAUAUUUUGGAGAAGAGGAGGACAGUGACCGCACUGAAAGCUGGAGAGGACAGAGCCAUUCUUCUAGGCCUCAGCAUGAUUCUCUUUUCAGCCAUGAUGUACUUUGUGUUGGGCAUAACAAUGGUGCGCUCAUACUCAGACAGUGUUUGGACAGGAGAGUCAAACUGCACAGUGCUGAACUCUACUGUAGUUGCUGAAGUUAACUGCAGCUACAGUUGCGGCUCAGAAUGCCGGAAGAGCUCCAGGUAUCCGUGUCUUCAGGUGUACGUCAGUUUGAACUCCACCGGCAGGGCUCUGAAACUCUCCCACAACGAAGAGGUCUAUGAGGCCAACCCUGAGUGUUUUUAUAUCCCAAAAUGUCGCAAGGAUCACACGCUGAUGAACACCAUCGUGAUGAACAUCUCAGAGCGGCUAAAGACGCACACGCAGGUUUCGUGUUACUACGACCCUUCAGAGCAGCACAACGCCGUUCUCCUGACACGUCUCUAUGGCCGGCGGGCCAUCGUGAGCUCUCUCCUCUGGCCCACGUGCACGCUGGUGGGAGGCAUGCUUAUCAUCGCAAUGGUGAAGCUCACUCAGUAUCUGUCAUUCGUGUGCGAGCAGAUCGGUCGUAUCAAAAGGAUGGGGCUGUACUCUCUAACAGGAAACUCUCAAGGCAUGGUCGGCACUCGGAAGUAUAACGGCGGGAUCCAGGACGGGGUUUAAACGUGACAGAGGAUGUCACCGUACACGUAUUAGUCAACAGACACAGAUACCAGCACAUGAGAAUCGAUGUGUUUUGGCUCGCGUGGUGUUCCUCUGACCCCCAAUCGGCCCUUGUGUUGACUGUAGGUUGUGUUGGCUCAGCAGAGCCCCUAGUGGUUGUAGUUGGAAUUUCCUAACUUCUUUUGAGCAAGGAGCAAAAUAUACAAUCUUAUUGCGGGUGUCGAUUACAUUCGCUGACCACCCGACCGCAGUGACUUAAUUCCAUGAAGGCCGAAUCGACGGCACUGAUGUAAUCACAGAAAUGAAUGUAGCCCGCAUACUUCCAUCAGCUGCUGCAUGUGACUGCUGGCAUUCGUGGCUAUUUGAUAAACACUUCUGUUAAAACCAAAGGUCUUUUUGUUAAGUGCGACUAACACGUGGCUUCUCACUGCUAAGUGCUUUUUUGUGAGAUAAUCCAGUAGUAAACCACUUUAGCAAACUGUUAAAGUUACGGUGUGAAUGAGCAAAAGCUCACCAGCUGUGUUCCAAAUACUAGUGAGUUGUCUACCUAGACAGCGUUUUAAGGAAUGUUUUAAGGAAUCGUAGGCAAUUCACAAUAUUUAUUUUUUAUAUUAGAGUAUAGAGUAUUGUAUUGAUACUUUGGUUAUGAGAAACAUGCUAACAUCAAGCAACAUGGUUUUCUAUUGAUGGCAGGUCAACGAUGAGGACUGCUUGUGUGGUAUUCACCCCAAUAUUCUGUCACCAUUUAAUUACCCUCGUAUCAUUCAAAACCUAACUUUUUCUUUUGUAGAACAGAAAGGAGGAUUAUUCUGAAAUGUCCAUGUACGUCAAUAGGGUCAGUGUUGUCUGGUUACAGAUAUUCUUUUAAAAUAUCUUCUUUUGUGACCUGGAGAAGAUAGAAGGUCACACAGGUUUGGAAUGACAUGAGGUUGAGCACAUGAUGACAGUAUAUUCAUUUAUGUGUGAACUAUCACUUUACAUCAUAUUAUCACAGGCAGAGUUAGCUCACAGGGUUUGGGAGCAGUGCUUGUAGGUUUACUGUUGAAUGCACAUAUUUUUAUAGCAUUUAGGGAUUACAGUACCAAGCGGUUUGUAGCAUUUUCACAUCAACUGUGAAAUAAAUCUGUUUGUCACCGA